GUAAAUGACAUAAAAUAAAAUUUAAAUUGUUUGAAAACGACGAGCUGGGAUUGUUUUUAUUUUACUGUGGAAUCUUCUCAAGAUAAUGUGCUAGCUAUUUGCUGUAGUGAGACUUUAGAGUGUUUAUCAUCUUACUGAAAGAGUUACAACAAGCGAGAUGGAUAUAAGCGAAGGUACAGCAACAGAAGACUUAUGGACCCCGUACAAGGAGCUGGUGGCGGUGGUGGAGGGCUACCUGACGCGGGAAGGCAACGGGCCUCCAUACGCUGUGCACACGUUUGAAGCUGUGCUGAGGAGGCACAAACAAACAUUCCUGUCUUUGUUAAAGAACCCUCCCAAGAACCCCACCAGCCGAGAUGAGAUCCGGAGAGGGAUAUCAGAAGGAGUCAACUUGCCCAGUAUUGGGAGGACCUUGCUCUCCAAGGAAUUAGUUGAAGAGGCUAUCAUAUUGUCUGACAUGUACUCAGUGAACGAGUACCUCUCCCUCGAGCUCGUCCACACGGCGCAGCGGCAGGCGCCGCGGCACCCGGGCCUGCCGCGCGGGCUGGUGGCCGUGGUGCUGUACUAUGAUGGCAAGCGCUCGCUGGCGCAGGCGCUGAAGGAGAUUGUCAUGGCGCAGGAUGGGGUUUCUUGGUCAAUAAACGCGCGCGACGAGAUAAUCAAAUACGUCACUCGCUACGUGGAACAACUAGUCUCCGGCGGCCUUCUCGGCGCCUGCCUCGACGCGCUACAAACCUUCUCGCUGGGAGCGGAGCUGGAGCUUCUGCAGGCGAAUAGAGCCCUGCCGCCGCGCUCGCACUACGCGCCGCUCGUCGACACUAUCGAGACCACCAGGAAACUUCUUGCCGGCGUGGUGUUUGCCGCGUCUGCACAACGAGGGCUAUCCAGGGACAUACUAUUGAGACUGCUUGCUGAGCAAACAAACGCGGCAGGGCAACGCGAGUUCGACGAGAUCUCGCUCUCUCUGCACAUGGCUCUGCUGUACGCGCUAGACUUAUCCGUCUUGCACAGACGUGAAGACGGCGAGGAGUUGGCCAAGAAGCUGCCCCUUAUCCAGGACCCGGAGCUGAUCUCCGCGCUGCUGGACGAGCUGGCGCCGCCCACCAACCCCAACCAGUCCGCUGCUGACGCCGGCGAGAAGACUUCUUCAGGCAUCAGAGCUCUGUGCCAGCUAUCUCUCGGUCUGGCGCUGGCGGCGUUGAAGAGGGCGCCACAGUCGCUGCUUCGGUCCUCGGGGCAGGAGCUGCGGGCCGACCUGCUGGAUCAUGAUGAGGCGUUGGUGGACGCCGCUGUGGAUGGGAAGGUGUUCGAGUACAUAGACGAGGUGCUGCUCUCCACGACGGCGGGCGCGGUGGUGCGCGAGGAGUACUACCAGCGGCGGCUGCACGCGCUGCUCACGGACUUCGUGCUGCUCAUGCACAGCAAGCUCACGGAGAUGAGAGUCAAAGCGGACGAAGCGUCCCGAGCGGUCCAGAUGUACUCUUCAGAAGGCGUGGCCGCGCCGCCCGCCGCCGCCGCCGCGCGCUCUCGCUUCGACGCCUUUCUGAGAUGUAUAGAGAAGUUGUACCAGAACGAUCCGAGACGAUUGAGGGAUGAUUACUGGCAGGCUUGUGAUACUGUGCAGUCGCAUACUUAUAGGUCCGGCGGCCGCUCAGCAACCCUCUACAAACUAGUCCGGCUGCUCUGCUCCCUGUCCGGGGGCACGCUGUCCCGGGGGCUGCGCGCGCUGGCGUCGCUGGCCGCGCCGCCCGCCUGGCCGCUGCUGUGCGGCGCGCCCGUCUCCGCGCACCACCUGCUCACCGCGCUGCUCGCCUACAGACAGAAUCUCCGUGUGGACGCGAAUCCAUUCUCGGACCAGCUGCAGGCGUCUUCGCUCGGCGCCACCGCCAUCGUGACGCCCGCCGCGCGCCCCGGCCGCCUGCAGGUCAGGCAGGAGGAGGUGGAGGCCAUGAUGGCCGCGCUGAAGGUGAUAGCAGCAGUAGCUCGCGAGGACCAAGCGGCGUGCAUCGCCAUCUGCGAGAACCUGCAGUGGGACGCCGUCAACGUCAUGUUCGGUCUGAUCUCAUGCCACAUCCCCCUGCAACUGAAAGCGGAACUCUGCUUGACCCUGGCAGCGUUAGGCGGCUACGCGGCCACGGCGCCGCGCGUCGCCGCCGCGUUGGACGCCGCUCAGCUCGUGUCUAGUGAUAGCCGCGGGCGUGGGUUAGCUGCCGACCUGGCUGAGGUGGAAUGCCGCAUCGAAGAGUACCCCCUCUCCCGCGCGUUCCUCACCCUCCUGAUCUCCCUUUCCAAGAAUUCCCCUACGGCGCUGGCGGGCGCGGCACUGGAGCCCUGCACGCGGCACGCACUCGAGCUGGCCCUGCGCCACCAGCACCGGAGCUACGCCAAGCCCGUGGAGAAGACGCAGAUCCUGUCCCUCUGCCUGGAGCUGCUCGUCCUCUGGCUGUCCUCCUACACGCCCUCCUCCAGCGACCUGACGGGGCGCGCGCCGCCGCCGCUGCACGUGGCGCUGCGGCUGCACUCCGGGGACGAGCUGCUGCGGAUGAUAUUGACGACUCUGAGGGAAGCCGUGGAUGAGCUGCCUAAUAGGGGGCCGCAACAGCCAUACAUAGAGAAGUGCGCCAUCCACUGCCUGCAGCUGCUGGAGCGCGGGCUGGCCAUGGAGCGCGCGCUGGCGCAGGCGGCGGGGGCCGCAGGCCGCGCGCUCGUCGUGGUCGGCCUCAGCAAGCUGCUCCUGGGAGUCCCCAAAGAGGAGUGUCCUUUGCUAGCCGCGUGCCGCGCGCUGUCGACGCCGGCGGUGCGCGUGUGGGCGCCGGCCGUGGCGCUGCUCACGCGCUGCUGCUCGCCCGCCGCCGCAGCCCGGCUGCUGCCGCAUGCUGAUACUUACACCAGACACGGCUUUGUGGAAGUGCUAGAAGCUGACGAGUGGGCGGAAGGCGCCGGCGACUCACUUCGACAGGCCAAAGAAGGGAUCCUACAGUUACUGCACCAAACUCUGCCCUACGCUGCACCUAAUUUUGCGCAUUUCCUACUGGGAUACCAGCUGAGUGAAGACGUGAGUCGCAGCUGCCUGAACGAGCCGGGCGCGGGCGGGUUCCCCCUCACCUGCCUGCACUCCAUACUGGACCUGCUGGACCAGCACAUCGCGCCGCCCAACAACGAGGACAGACAAGCCACAGACCUGAUCGAGAGCUGCUACCGGCUGGUGCACCAGCUGUGCGCGCGGCCCGCCACCGCGCCGCCCGCGCUGCGCUUCCUGCGCACGCGCGAGCACUUCCUGUGCCGCCACCUGCAGGCCACUGUCAACCUUGAGACCGCCACCCCCGCCACGCUGUCGUCCCGCUCGUGGGUGCUCCGCGCGUGCGCGCACGAGGCGGGCGCCGCCGCGCGCGACCACUCCGCGCUGGCCACGCUGCUGCGCGCCACGCACCAGCCGCACCAGGAGUGGGAGCGCUGCCUGCUGCGGCGCGCGCUGCUGGGGCUGCCGGUGGUGGUGGCGCCGGCGCCCGAGCCGCGCUGGGAGCUGUUCCACGCCACGCAGCUCCGCGCCGCGCUGGCGCAGUGUGACGUCACCACGGGUAUGGGCGGCAAGCGCAUCAGCGUGUCCCGCGUGCACGCGCUGCUGGCGCGCGAGCUGCUCGCGCUGCACGCCACGCCCGCCAUGCGCACGCUCGUCUCCAUGGAGAUACAGAAGGUCCUUGACUACGUGACGGAAGUGAACCGGCGGCGCAACCUGGCGGCCACCGUCACGCACUACUACGACUCGUGGCGACAACUCACCGAGAUCCUGUUCUGUGUCGCGCCCAACGACUUACUAGACGUGGAGGCGAAGAAGAACCUCAUCCUGAACAUACUACAGGACUUGCUGAACAAAAUCCCACCGGCUGAGGUCUUACCACAGCUGGGAAACCUAGCUUCGGGAACGGUACUGCUGUUGCUAGUCAAUCUGAGGCAUUGCUACAUAAUGCAGAAGAGAGAAUCCAGUCUAAAGUCCACAGAUUUCGAGUCGACAUUCUUCGGCCCGUCAAACCAGAUUAUGCAGACCAAAUCGCUGACGCUAAAGUUUAUUCUGCAGAAGAUUUUGAGUUGGAUUAUAGUGUCGAGCGGGUCGACGCCGAAGAUGCGAGUGAAUUUGUAUGGAGCCUUGUUGAACUACCUGAAUAUUGUGAACCUGAAGACGAGUCCAGCUGAGUCAUACGAUCCGCUUGAUGCGAAUGAGACCUACGUCAGUCGUUUGGAUAAUUCUAUAGGGCUGCCAACGCGUGAAGAGUCGACCCUCAAAUCCAUGGUGAUCGACGUGAUGAACGAGUUCGGCGACAACCUGUGCUCCAUCGUGUGCAACGACUGCGUGGCCGGCGGGCACGACGUGUGCCGGAUGGUGGCGCUGAGUUGCCUGGAGACGCUGGCGGAGCUGUGUCCGCAGAGCGAGUGCGCGCGCACGCUGACCGGCCAGGGCUACCUGCGCAGCCUCGUGGACAGCCUGCUGCAAGACGAUGCGGGGCUGCAGCAGGCGCUGGAACCCAACCCGAAGUCGCUCCGAGUCCUCUACGUGUAUGAAUCCAAGAUGGCGCUGAUCAUCAAGCUGGCGCACAGCGGCGCGGGCGCGGCGGGCGCGCUGUGCGGCGGCGCGCUGGCGUGCCUCGCGCAGCUGAAGGCUCUCGACUGCCAUCCCGAUGUGCACAUGCCCAGUAGCAACACGCAUAGCUUCCUGCCUUCUGCCGCUGAUAGAUUCCGGCAGAUCCUGCUGCCGGCCCUCUCCUUAUGCGACGCGCUGCUGACGUCACUCGGCACGCACAACCACAGCUGCGUGCUGCACGUGCUGCACGUGCUGCUCAGCCACGUGGAGUGCGUGGACAUGGUGCUCAGAGCGGCGCACCCGAGUUCCCCGGCCGGGCUUCUCAUCGAGGUGGAGGCCAUCACGUCGGUGAUCGCGCGCGCCUCCAACCGCCAGGUGCUGGCCGCCGCGCAGGCCGACACCUCCUUCCAGCACGCGGCGGCGGGCAUCGCUCGCAUCCAGGCGCUGAUGCUGGCGCUCAUCCCGCGCUUCGCCAACCCCGCCAGCGAGGACGAUCACGACAAUAUUGUUUAUCACAAGAUAGUCUGCAACCUAGUGCUCUACGCGCGCAACAUCCUAGACAAGGACACGACGCACACUCUCUUCCCUCCGUCCCUGGGCGGCGCCUCAGACGGCGGCGCGGACUGCGGGGCGGUCCUCGCGCUGACGCAGGGCGCGGUGCGGCGCUGCCUGGCGCAGGGCAAGCUGCUGGCCACGGCCGAGCACCAGCGCGACAACGUGCACACCAUGACGCUGGACGACAUGAAGAAGCUGCUGCCCCCCGACUGCACGCUGACCGCGCCGGCCGCCGUGCGCGCCGCCGCCGCCGCGCACCUCCGUGCCCGCGCCGCGCUCCGACGCAAGGCGCUGAGAUACUGCCGGCUGGCGAGCGAGGUCGGACUGUGUCUCGUGGCCUCCUUGCUGCCGACUUAUUUGAGGACUGCGUGCACGCCGGGCCACCCGCUGCGCGGCGCGUGCGGCGACGAGCUGCCGGCGCUGCGCAAGGGGCUGGUGGCCGUGUUCAACGAGCGCUUCACGGAGCAGCUGCUCGAGACCGCCAAGGACCAACCUCCAUCACAGAGAUGUUUCCUAGAAGUGCUGCUGAAAGAUAUAAAGAGCAUGAUACAGUAUUCUCCAUUGUAAACAAUUACGUUAACGGUUACUUGUUAUGGAAUUCGGAAUAUCGCUACUAAAUAUAACGUUAGGUGAAUUUUGUAAAAGUUGAUAAGUACUUUUAUAAUGAUGUAAAAAUAAAUUAUGUACAAAGUUAUGUGAUAUAUGAUGAUACUCCGGGUUUCAUUGUUGCAUUUAUAUUUUUCCUAAUGACUUUAAUUUAAUUUUACUAAUAAAUCGAUUUUGUCAUA